CUGGAUAUCCUUUCAUCGAUGCUAUAAUGAGACAGUUGCGACAAGAAGGAUGGAUUCAUCUUUGGCCCGACAUGCUGUGGCAUGUUUCUUGACCAGAGGUGACUUGUGGAUAUCACGGGAAGAUGGGCAAAGGGUGUUCGAAGAACUGCUGCUAGAUGCCGAUUGGGCGUUAAAUGCCGGAAACUGGAUGUGGCUGUCGGCGUCAGCAUUCUACCACUUAUACUAUCGUGUGUAUAGUCCCGUCUCGUUUGGAAAGAAAACCGACAAGGAUGGUGAAUAUAUUCGAAAGUAUGUGCCGGAGCUGGCAAACUAUCCUAAAAGUAUGAUUUACGAACCAUGGACAGCGACUGCUGCUCAGCAACGCGAAUUCGGAUGCAUUAUUGGCAAAGACUAUCCGCAGCGAAUCGUCAUCCAUGACGUAGUCCUCAAAAAGAAUAUGGCAAAAAUGGCAGACACCUACCAAAAGCACAGAGACGGAGGAGGAGGCGGAAAAUUUGACGUGGACAAUACUCAAGUUAAACCGGAACCAUCAACGUCGUCAGGUUGUUCAAGUUCAAAAAUCAUGAAAAUGGAACAGAACAGCACAAUAGUGAAAUACUUCAAAAAAGAUCCGAAGAAUCCAUGAUGUGAUGGAUGAUCGCAAGGGUAUCCGCAUAUUCGCAAUAAACGACAACCGAUGUUCACAUGUUCCA